GGGUAUUUCUCAGUACUCCGUUGCGUCAGUACACGACUUCUCUCAAUUGACAGUUUCAAUUUACCAUAAGUUGUUUCAUUUGAUGGAACCGACAAAUUUGUUUUGUUGUGGAAGACAAAAGAAUUCUGUAGGGUUUAGCCAUAGUUAAAUCUAAAAAAAUAUAUAUCCUCAGGGGUCUGCCUGGCUGCGGCUUAUCGUAAAAGUUUGAUCGUAUUUCUUGGGUAAUUUCCACUCAGCUGACGUGCUGCACAUGAGGCUCCCUUUUUUGUUACAGAGUUCAAGCAUGUAUCUUUUAAGAAUACUGUUUAUGUUACUGACAUUUACAACAUGUGCAACUUCACAAAUGGAAAUGAAAAACCCCCUACUUGACUUAUCCUGCGUAUUCUACUACAAUACUACUUAUAUCAUUUGCAUGUUUCAUUCAUCAAAGGAAAUUUCAAAGGAUGCUACCUAUUCAGUGACUUCAAGGCAAUUCUUGGAGGCACAUAAUCCUCAAAUGAUAAGAAAUGAAAAUAACAUAAUUAUUGGAUUUAAUGCCACAAUUAAUUCAAGUAUAUAUAAGUCUAUGAAGAUAAAAAUUAAUAUAUCAAGCACAGUCCUCGAUAACAGCAUGCAAUUUACUUUUCCUCUUCAUAAAAUAGAAAUACUUAGUCCACCAGAAAAUAUUACAAAAUAUUUUCAAAAUAAUGAUCUGUACCUUAUCUGGGGUAACUCAACAUCUUUGGCCACAGAUAACCCUAUCUGCUUCAAAUAUGAAAUCAGCAUUUUUAAUGGCAUCAAGGAAGAAAAGGAAGAAACUGAAGAAACACACUUCGUUUUACCAAAUAUAGAUCGUACUAAGAAGUAUAUUAUUAAACUGAGAGUAAAAAAAAAUGGAAAUUAUUGCAGGGACAACCAACAUUGGAGCAACUGGAGUGAAGUAAUUUCUGUGGACAGCAUCAAGCAUCAUCAAGAAUGGAUUUUUCUGCCUUUGAUGUUACUCAGCUUCCUUCUUUUUCCUGCGUUGAUUUUCUUAAUCUUGAGAUGUCCAAGUUCAAAGAUUCUGAAAGUCAUUUUCCCACCAAUUCCUGUCCCUGCCAAUAAGAUUAAGCUCUUUUUGGAAAAAGACAGACCUGUGCAGACUCCUGUAUUAUCUGAAUGGAAAAGCACACCUGAAGAUUUUAUUGAGAUAGAAGAACGCAGGGAAAAUGUUUUAAUUGGUGCCCUACAUAUUGGUUAGCACUGCUACCUUAAAACUAAUGGGUUUGAAUUCUCUUCCAUGCACUGCCACUUCCUCCUACAUUCUAAAGAUGUUUGUGUUAGGAUAAUUUGACCUGAUAUGAGUGAGUGUACAGUAUUGCUUCCUGCAGACCCUCUUUAAUUUUAAACUGGACUACUGUUGAUGGACAGAUGGAUGGAAUACAGCGAAUGCCUUACUAAUUUAAUAAUUAAGUUAUUGGGUUGACUUAAUGUUCUUCACUGUCUCUUUCCUGUAGUAUUAAGUAGUGCUAAAAUAUGUGUCACAUUGCUGACAUGUGAAGUGUUUCCAGACAUACAGGCAAAUAUGCUACUGACAAAAACAAUACUACUGUUUAGUAAUACUCUUUAAUGUACAAGAAAUUUUAUGAAGAAACAUGAAUUGUACUUUUUAAAUAUUUCUAAGAGUAUAAAAAAUGAAUGUCACAAAAUAUAUCACAUAAUAGUAUGGAUUUCAGGUAAUACGCGUAGUGUAUUGUUUAUUGCAAUGUUUAUAUUUUUUAAAAGCUUGGUCCAAUAACAAAGAAUUACAAGAAUAACAAGAAUAAUAAAUAAAUAAGAUAAUGUUUCAGAAUUACAGCUAUCUAUUAAAAAAUAGACACAUUAGUUAAAAUGUUUUUGUUAAUAAAAAGAAACAGAACAAAAAAAGACGUGUUUUUUAAUACUGGCAUAGGCAUGACAUGUACAUUUUUAAGAUUCCUGUGCAACACAGAGUAUUUGGAAGUAUUAUAAUAAUCUAGAAUUGUAUUGCCAUACUGGCAUAAUUUAGAACUGUACUAGCAUUAUUGCAUCUCGUCUAAUGCUCACUGCAGCAUGGGUAUAUCAUUUAAACUCUUAAAUUCAGUUAGUCAGGAUUAGUAAUAAUUAUUUGGGUUAUAGUAUAUUCAUUAAGGAUAAAAGAUGAUUUUGUUAUAUUGUAAAGGAUAAGUUUGGUAUUUUUCAAGUCAAAGUUAUUUCUUCACAAAUGUGGUAUACAGUAUAUGCAUUUGCCACGUGAAAUAGUGUACUACAUUUUCCAUCACGGGAAAAUGAGUUGUAAAGUUGUGUUUCCUGUAAAUGUAAAAAUAUCUUGUUCAUGCCAAUGCUUUACCACGUUUGUGAAGAAAUAACUUCGACUUGAAAAAUACCAAACUUAUCAUUUAACAGCUUAGACUUCUUAAAUGUAUUGAUAUUGAUAUUAAAUAUUAUGGGACCCAAAUCAUACCAAUGACUCCAUUAGCAAGUGCUUCAUCCCAUGGUAGGAAUCUAAAUUAUUUAACCUACUGUAUUAUAUUCUCUACCCUCAAAUUCUGCCACAUUAGUAAAAAAUGUUUUCCCAGAGUGGCAUUAAAAUAGCCUCCAGUGAUGUUUGCUUGAAGAUGCUCUCCCCAUUAAAGACAUCUGACUAAGGUCUAAUAAGAGACCUAAUAAUGCAACAAUCCAGUCUAAUAUGACAGUUGAAGACACAGAGGUUCAUUCACCCUAUUAGUAGAAUAUCUGCAGUUUCAGAUUUUGGCAUACUCUGGCAAUUUGGAGCUCUCUGAAUCACUUAGAGCUGUUUUGAGAAACAUUUUAAAGUAAUACAAAACAGAAUCUACAAAACCAAAAUUAUUUGUCCAUUUAUUUAUUUAUCCACCACAUUCCUGAUUCUUUCUUUUAAAAGCACGAUAUUCGAGGUGUAUAACACCAAAUGUGUUUGUUAUGCUGAGUGGUUUUUGCUUCUCUGUAAAACAUCUUGUUAUGUUCAACUUCUGAGAUAAUUUCAAGAGUAAACUAUUUUCCAUGAAAAAGGGAAGUGAACCAUGCUUUUAUUAAAGUUUCCAGUAAAGCUGAACUACACUGCUCACAAAAAUUAAAGGAACACUUUAAAGAAACACAUUAGAUACAUCAGAUCUCAAUAUGAA